GAGCGGUACAGUGCGCCAGGCUGACAUUAUGUGAGGUCGACACACAACAGGACAUUUUCCUGCAGGAGACUUCAGACUGCAACGUUUGUCCUCGUCUUCUUGCAGGAAAGCAUGUGAGGUGUGAGAAUGGAUGACUUGGAUCACAGCAUGCACAUUGCAGAGGAGGACUGGUCUAGCUUCUACCAGGAGAGCGAGGAGUGCUGUGUGCCGCAACCGCUGCUUGCCUGCCCUGAGGGCCUCUGCCGGCUGGACUCCUCGGUUUCAGCCACCCAGUCCCUGCAGAGCUUGGAUGAAAAUAUUACAACUUGUGUUAGAGUGGAGGUCAUUCAGGGUGUUGCAGGAGGACGUGAAGAGGAUACAGCUGAAGAUGAUAAGGGUCAAAUAUGUAAUUAUAUAGGAAUCCCUCUUCUCAGAAAAGAGGUGAAGGGAGAAGAAUGCAUCCCUGAGGAGACCAAAGAAAGCAUCAUACAAACACUGGAGGCUGUUGUUAAAGACGUUGCUCGAUCACUGCCAACAGAGCGGGAAACAGACGUGAGACGUCAGGGUGAGGUUACCAACAGAGUUCCUCCGAGAGAGGAGAAAGAGCGCUGGUUCGUCACGCUGUCGCUGAACGACAGUCCACUGCGGCGCCGGGCCUGCGCAACUCCAAGGAAAAAAAAAACUAAACAAAAAAACACACCUCAACAUGAUAAAAGUGAAGUGAGUAAACAUAUGAAUGCAAUACCAAGUCAAAACAUGAGUAACGAGAAGGCAGGGCAGAAAGGGCCUUGUGAUGUAGUGCAAAACAUUAGUGAGGGAACCAUGCGUGAUGGUGAUAUGGUACAAAACCUUAGAGAACGAUCCCUUCAUAGUGGACAAGAUAUAAAGGAAAACUACAAAGAAAGAACAAUGCAGGACGACGAUUUAAGGCAGGACAACCAAGAAGGAACCCUGCAUGAUGAUAUUGUGCAAAACGAUGGCGAAGGAACCCCGUACGAUAGUGAUGUAUUGACAAACCGUAGAGAGGGAACCCUACAUGAUGGUGCAAUGAUGCAGAACAAUAGUAGAGAAGGACCAUUGCAUGGUGAUGAUACUGUACAUAGCGAUAGAAGGGGAAUCCUUCAAAACUUUACAGAAGUAACCAUGCAUGAUGAAGAUGUGCAAAACAAUAGAGAAGGAACCGUUUAUCAAGAUCAUACCGCGCAAGAAGACAAUGUAGAAGGAACCCUGCGUGGUGAUAUACUGCAAAACAACAGAGAAGGAACCUUAAAUGAAAUCAUUCAUUUUGAAAGAGUGGACUCAGAUGAGUUUGAGGACAGUGUUGAGUUCUUCGCCCUUCACAGUUCUGGUUCUGAAAUAUAUCUCUCGGCUGCUGAAUCAGUGGAUCAGGAUCUCUUCGAGGAGGAUUCAGUUGAAAACCAGCCAACAGAGUGCCCAACCUAUUCCUCAUCAUCAUCAUUAUUGUACAGCUGUAAUCCAAUUCAGAGUUCUGAGAGCCUGCAAGGCAGAGAUCCCCAUGCAGCAGUCAGUAACUGUGACAGUUCUGGUGACCAAGCUCAUGUUGAGCCCACAUGGGCCUUUCCAUUGAUUGGCCAAAGAGGUGACACACCUCCAACUAAGAGCUCCAGCCAGGCUAAAGCGGAUCAGCCCGAAGUCAGAACAGAACAGAACCUUAGACCGUGUAGUGGCGAUGGUCAUCGUUCCGUUCCCGAUGUCAUCGUCACCCCUGUGGCCGACGGCCCUGAAGCGUACGUCCAAGCCGCGGGCCACACGCCGUGCGUCUACGCCAUCUCGGCCUUCUGGGAUGAAAUGGAAAAGUUAACCAUAAAUGACCUUUUACAGCUGAGGAUGGCAAAAAGCCCGCCUCCCACGGAGAUGUCACAAAGCAGCUCUCUAGUGGACCCCGAGGAGCAUCAUUUGACGGACGGAGGCCUAACGGAUGUGUCCGACGCUGCCGACUCGGACUAUUUCACACAGCCGGAUGACUCCAAGCCUGACCGAUCCAGCUGGGAUUUCUCUGCGUGCGACUUUGAAGACGACUAUUGGCAAUAUUUGGGCGUUAGCAGGAACACCAGUCCUGAUCAGAGCUGCAAAAGCCAGCAGGAGGAGAAAGAUGAGGAAGGGGGAACAAGUUGUCAGACCCCAGUACCAGUCGAGGAACCCGCAAGACAAAACCUAAUCCCCAGACGGAUGAAGAAAAACAAAAGUGUGCAAAAUGUACGAGCUAUCAACACAGAGGAUUUAUCGUUACAGUCACUUUUACACAGUGAUGAGAAGAAGUCCAAGUGGGGAAUCAUGAAUUUAAAAGAAGGAGGCCGUGUGGGAUCGACAAUAGCAGCACCUGUCCAAGGAGAUGGUCUGGAAUCUUUCUCAGAAUCCUUCAUCACACGAGGAACGGCACACAAUAAUGUCAUUUGCGUAUAUGAUCCCGAAGGCAUCUCAUUAGCUCCAGUUUGUGAGGAUAUGUUUUGUACAUGUGAGCAAAAGAUGUUCUUACCAACCCAGAGCCACAAGUGGAAACCCAUCCCAAUCUUCUCCUGCUCCCAUCCGACCAUCAGAGAACUCACCCUCCCCAAAUGGAAUUACCCAUUUUUAAGUGCAGACUUCCUGGAAGAGCACGCCAUUUCCCCUGUCCAAAUUGUCUCGCACGCUCUCCAGGUCGCUAAAAAUCCAAGUGGGAAGAGUUUACUGUCAUUCGGGAAAGUCUGCUUCCAAGACAAAGGCAGCAACUGGUGCAGAAGGUCUGAUGGGUGGGUGUUCCCCGCCCACAGUGAGGAGGGCGAUAUCGUUGUUCCCACAGUGGGAGGAGUUUCGCCUCAGGCACCUGAGCAGCAAAGGAUUGUGGGAACAAUACUGAGACCAGUGCGAGAGGGCGUCUCGUCUGCGCUGCAGCAGUCUGACAUGUGUUUGGUUUGCAUCGCAUUUGCCUCUUGGGUACUGAUGUCAUCAGAUCCAGAGUCUGCUGAUGCCUGGAAAGCAGCUCUGCUUGCAAACGUGAGCGCACUCUCAGCAAUCCAGUAUCUGCGACAGAUGAAGUGAAGAUGAAGAAUCCUCAACACAAGAUGUCAUUUCCAGUCAGUUGCACACGGGUCCGUUCAUAAACUAUAUCUAUUCUACUUAAAUGUACAAUCAAAAUAGUGCGACAGCUUUUCAAAGUUGAGAGCAGCUUGAAGCUAGAUGGGUAAUCUUAUUCCCAUGUUAUUAAGCAAAAGAAUUAUAUCAAGUGACGAUUAUUUUUUUUUUAGGUUUGCAACAUGAAUGGCAGAGUAAGUAAAACAAAAAAAAAUGGUUGUGUUGUUUCAUGUGAUGAAACAAAGUUUAGACUGCAAUUUGCACAAUUACACCCAUUAGGCAAAAAAGAUGUCAAUACCUCGAUACCAAUAUAUUAAGUAUCUGUAGCCAAGCUUACUGUAGCUGUGCCAGCAGAUUGUACGGUUUCACGCCAAGCAGGGUGGCUUUAUAGAUGACGGACUGAACGAUGGAAGCCUGAAAGUGUGAAAGAUAUUGGUAUACAUGUAUUUUUUUUUUUUUUUAAAUAAAAGGGAACAAAUGUAAUGUCUGUUUGUAUUAAAUAUUGUGAUAACUUACCUUGAAAUUGAAAAGGCACACACAGCAUGUUUAAACAGUACUUUUCCAACGGU